UCUCUCGCUUCUCGUUUGUCUCGACUGCUGCGGGGAAGGGUAGUCUGAGAAGUCUUCCUCGGCAUAUCUUCGUCUGUGUGUAACAAAGGGGGAGGUGGGCGGUAUCGUGAGAUGGUCGACAACAGCACCGGGGUCUCGUGGGCGUCUGCCUGUUGCACAAGUAUAAAUCAUCUCAGAUCUCCGCUCUGUGUCCCAGCUCGCUCUCCAUCACCAACACGCUCGUCUCUUCAUCACACGCAAGCCUUUCCUUUCCAACCAGGGCAGCGAUUGAUUCGUUCCCUUUCCCUUCUCAUUCACUUCUACUUGACGCUGAGCUGUCAGACUCUUGAUCAUUAUCUCCUUGCUCCUUCUGCCGCUACCAUCUCCUGCUCCAGUCAAGAUGUUCUCCAAGAUCUUCGUCCUCGCCCUCUCCAUUGCUCCCCUCGUUUCCGCCCAUGGCAAGGUCAUCGUCGCGACGGGCGAUGCCGGCGGCAACGGCACUGCCCUCGCCAUCAAGGGCGGCAUCGUCCCGGGCACCGGCCCGAACUCUAAGACCGAGGUGGACACCACCGUCUUCAGCAAGACCAACAUCCUCUCGGACGGCCUCGGCCGAACCACCGGUUCCGGCCAGAACAGCCUCAACAUGAUCGUCGAAGCCAUGGCCCAGUCGGGUCCCACCCUCCCGCAGAUUAGCAAUGGCGGCAACAUCUCGGGCACGUUUCACAUCGUGACGACGGACGGCGCGGGGCCCAUCCAGGCCGUGCUCGACCCGACGGCGACGGGCAAGUUCUCCCAGGGCGUGCCGCUCACGGUGCUGCAGCAGAUCCCCGGCACCAACGGCAACAUCGCUCCGGGCAAGAAGCAGCAGCGCUCGCUGUGGGCGCGCGCGCUCGCGGCGGCCGGCAUCAUGAAGCGCGCCGCCAACGUCAACGAGAGCUUCGACUUCAAAUUCUCGGUGCCCGCCGGCACCAACUGCACCGGCACCGUCGCCGGGAUGACCAACGUGUGCCUGGUCAAGAUCGCCAACUCCAACAAGGCCGGCCCCUUCGGCGGCGUCGUGCCCGUGCAGAUUGCCGCGGCCGGCGGCGCCGCUAACCAACAGUCGGCCGCGGCGGCCUGUGCUCGGUCGUUCCAGGCUUGAUCGGCCUUAUGUAAGGGGAAGGGGGGUGGAUGGGCUGCUUCCUUGUGGCUGGGAUGACAUCUGAGCUAGCUGAUCGGUGUAUAGGAGUCAAAGCUGGCGAUGGAGUGAGAGUGCUG